CAAUGAAAUAAAGGGGGGGGGGGGGGUUCAGGUCAAGGCCACCUGGGUACGAGUUAGCACAUUGCUUAUGGGCGGGUGGUUGGUUUUGUAUGACGAGCGAGUGGCAAGAAGGCAGGGGAGGACAGGGAUGUGAGGAUAGCACAGGGGAAUGACGGAGCAGGACGAGUCGAAGCAGCGAAAGCGAGGAGAAGGCGAGGAAAAGAAGAGAAGAUGCAAGAGGGUGACGUGUGGACGAAGAGCGCAGAGGAGUGUGAAGAGUGAGAGGAUGAUGACGGGCAGAGCAACGAGAGGGGGAAAGAGUGAGAGAUUGAUAGAGGUCGGUGCAAUCUCGAGAAGCAAGGAAGAGGAAGAACGGUGCCGAAGACGCAAAGUAUUCCCCGAUGCACACGCGCACGCGCGCGCACGCUCUCUUCCACUCGAGGAUCCACACGCUGUUUCCCUCCUUCAGAUUCUUGGCUUUCGCACCUCUGCUCCGCUCCGCAAACUCUGUUCGGCACAGCCUGGCGCCCAGUGCCCCAAUUUACCCUUCACCCAGCCCCCUCGUCCGGUCUCAUAUCUCUUCGCUCCCCUUCUUCUUUGGCGACUCUCCGCUAUGCCCGCUAUGCUCGGCAAGGCCGUGCCUGCGGCCCAUCUCGAGGUCUCUGGACGAGCGCGGGCCCACCAUUUCUGGAAUGAGGGGGAACAAAGGCGGUGACGCUUGGGCCCGAACCCCCUGCCGCAGGACGCCACCUCCGCCUGAGGAUCGGUAGAAUGCCGACCCUC